AACAUUGUGACUAAGGCAAGAAAUUGUUUGUUUAUUUCUUGUUUAGAAUCCAAAGUAUCUGAAUUCGUUUUUGACUAUGUUGGAAUGUGUUUAUGUUUCAUAUCAUCAUCGAUUAUAAUUAUGAAUUGAUUGAUUGAUAGGUACUAUAUCUGUGAUCAAAGACAACAUCUAAAUAUAAACAUGUGAUUCAAACCAAUGUAAUAAAUAAAAAUAUAUGAUCUAAUGUGAAAUGAUUAUUUACGCCUCAAAUAAACAAAUUCAUACCCCAUUUAUCCGUCCAUGAUCGUUGUUUUGAUGUAAUUGCCAUGUCAUCAUCAUCAUCAUCAUCAUCAUCGUAUCUUUUCCCUCAUUCAUUGGCCAUUUUUAGCCAAGAAUGUCGAUUACAAGCAAAAAAUUUACGCCAAGGAAAAUGUCAACUUUGCAUCGACGGUUUAUUGUUGUUGUUGCGUGUACCACAAAAAAUUGUCAACGAUCAACAAGAACAAGAUGAUGAAAUCAUAACGCCCAGUAACAAAUGUUCAUUAGCUUCAUGUGGUGAUGAUUUUAUCCUCUCAUUAGCUCGUGAAUGUCCUUGUAUCAAAAUUGUUUAUCCGUCGAACAAGUCAUUUAGAGGAUUGAUCGAUGUAUCAUUGUUUGAGUCUUGUCAAGCACUCGAAUUGAUUAGGAUUCCGUUUCAUCAAUUGGUCGGAACGGAAAAAUUGAGACAAAAUCUGCGAUCCUUGAUAUGGAUACGUGGAAAUUAUGAAUCGCUCAGUGAAUCAACAUAUUCACUGUGGCAAUUAUAUCGUCAGCAUGAAAGUAUUGAUUCAAAAAGGGAUAAUUUCAAACCAUUCAGAAUUGACGAACUUUUUUGGGACAAGUUCGGUUCAUGGCCUUCACUAACUUACCUCUGUAUAUCUCGUAGCAACAUUACUGUAAUGAAUGCAUCAACUAUACCCAAUUCAAUCGUAACGUUGGAUCUUCGCUGUAAUAGGAUAUCCCAUUUUAACAACUUGGCCAAUUAUUCAUCAUCCGGGACAAUCACUAAAUUGUGUUUAGACUAUAACUCUUUAAGAGAAUUGCCGAAACUAAAUAGUAACACUUUAUCAUCGUUGGUAUAUCUAUCCCUUCGUGGCAAUCUUAUUGAUUCAAUUUUUGGUCUCAGAAAUUUCACUUCGUUAGAUUACCUCGAUGUUUCUGAGAAUAGUAUUACCAAUACUAGAAAAUUUCUUUCCGAAAUGGUCUAUCUUUCAUCAACAUUGAAGACAUUAUGGAUUGAAAAGAAUCCCAUUUGCUGUGAUCAUUGGAUUAAAUCGAAAUGUCAAAGUGUCCUUUGUCGAUUGGUCCGUUUCAAUGGUAAACGAGUAAGCAGAAACAAGACUAGCGAAACAUUGCAACCGUUACCAGUUAUAUCAAACAUUGUUGAUCAAACAAUACGAUUAUCCAACGAUUAUGCAGCCGAUCAGUUAUCAAAUACAACUAAUCAAAAUGCAAAUAUUCGAAAAAUGAAAAGAAGUAAACCAUCCAAAGAACGGUUUAUUGUAAUCAGUGACGAUGAUGAAGAUGAAGCUAUUGAAGCUUUUAACAGUUUAACUGAUGUGUCACCCAUCAUUGUAUCAUCCACGUCUGUUACUAGAAAUGAAAAACGAAAUGAGACAGCUAUAAAGAAUUAUUUUUUUGGUGGAUAUACUGGAAGUUAUAGCAGUAUUCCAAAUCGAAACGAAAGUAGCUCAAAGUUGUUUGAAGUUUAUGUAGAACAGGAGGAACAAUUAGAAGAUGAUUCUGAAAAAACUAUUGUUGACAAACCAAAUGAAACCAUCGAAAACGUGGCAAAAAAAUCUAUCUCACCUGAACCACAUCAGUUUUUGAAUAGCACUUCUGAAUGGGCAAGCGAAGAUACAGAGGAAGAGAACACAGUGUUCUUGGUCGAAAUUUAUCAAAGCCUUUCUGAAUUCGAAUCAAUUCUAGAAACUCCAAAUCCAGAUAUUGAUUAUUAUUUUAUUCGUAUCAGACCACAUGAUGGAUUAAUCUACGAAAAAGAUUGUACAUCAGGCAAAGUUUUACAAACACUUGAUCUAAAAGUAUUGGAAAAAUAUGAAUGUCUAAAUGUAAAUACAGCAAUCAAACUAUAUUUUGACACUUGUGUUGUAUCGAAAAAAGAACGUAUAUAUCGUUUUUUGGAUGAAAAAUCUUAUAAGAAUUUUGUCGAAAUGUUUCUUUCCAAAUUAAUUGAUUAUCGAAAACAAUAUCAAUCAUCUUUUGGAAAUAAGGAUGGUGGUGGUAUCGAUCAAGCUAAAACAAGUGGAAAUAAGAAAACAGCAGAUGCACCUUGGUUUUAUAUGUGUUUACGAUGUGGUAAUCGAACGCAUCGUAUCAUAACUGAUUGUACUAAAUGUGGCUCAGAUUUGAUCAUCAAAGAUGAAAGUUCAGCUUAUAAAGAUGUUCAAUUACAAUCACUGUUAGUCGAUUAUCCACAACAAGACACUUCCAUUCGUAACGAUUCUUCUGAUUUGAACGAUAAUAAUGACCUUCUUAAGUUGGACGAAAACUUUUUCCGCUACAACAUUGAUCAUUAUCUUAAAUUACAUAUCGAAAUCUAUUUGUAUGAAAAGAUUGGCGAUGAAUCGCUCAAGUCAGAAUCUGUAGAAGUCCUAUUCUAUUGUUAUUGUUUCGAUUUUCAACAAAAUUCAUUUAAACCGGCUCUUGCUGUUCUUACAUCAAACUUUUUUUUCUUGUUCGAUCAUCUAGCUGUGCAGCAAUCGAUUCCGAACAAGGAAAUACCACUUAAGGAGCCAUUAUUACUAAGAAAAAAUCUAUCAUCAUCUAGUUUCCGAUCCACAUCCGAAGAAAAGAAACACGAUCUAAUAUGUUUGAUUUUCUACGUUCCGUUGGCGCCAAGAUCGAAACGAUUAAGUUCGCUUCAUAUUUGUCAUCUACCUUGGCCAAUUAAAAAUCUUGGCUAUUGGAUCGAAUAUAAACUUAGCAAUUCGCAGAAGAAACUAUUGGCUAAAAAUAAACGCAUCAAUCGUCAACAACCAAAUUAUCUAUUAGAAUUUAUAAUAUUCGGCGAUGAUACUGUUGGCAAAGCAUUCCUCGAACUAUUAUUUGAAUUUCAAAAAAUUUGCAUUCGCAAUCAUUCCAAAUCUGAUCUAGUCGGCAAUAUGAAUGGAUUGAUCAAAGUGAAAAAUAAACUAAUUGAAAAUAACGAUAAAGAUGACAAUGUCGAUUGUUUGAAAGUGGAUUUCGAUGAGACUUGUCGAUCAUUGCUACACCAUGGCGAACCACAACCAUCUCAAGCAUUCCAAAAUGAUGACAUUAAAAAUGAUCGAUCUUAUCGGAUGUUUUUUCUUCAAUCAUUUCGAUUUCUACAGAACGCUUCGACAUCCACGAUUACUGCAUCUUCAUCUUCACCAUCAUCAUUCAAUAAUGUAUUUACAAUCAAUGAAAAUAUUGGUCUAAUAAUAGCAAAUGAUCAUCUGAUCAUAUUCGAAAUGUUUUGUUCGUUGCCCAAAAUAGCAUCGACUAUCAAAAAAGCAUCUUCAAAUGAGCAAUCAAUUUCGAAAACAUUGAAAGACCAAUGCAAAAAAGAUUUCAAUGAUCAUAUCGAAAUUAAAACGUUGUUCAAAGAAUCCAUUAACAACCUGUUGCCCAACAUUUACGUUGAUAAAUCAAAAUCAUUACUAGUGAUGCGUUUUCGUGAAGACGAUGAAUCUACAGCCACCAUCUGCUUACCGCCAUCUUUGGCCAACAAUAAAACGGCCUCUUUAUCAUCAUCAACAUUGACCAAUAACAAUCAACUUAUCAUUUAUGAAUAUAAAUUGACAUUUCUUAAUCAACAAAGUCUUAUACAAACUUGUCGUUUAAUUUGUUCGGCAUGGGAAACAAAUUUCGGUGUCGCACUUACUUUGUCUAAAUAUAGAUUUAACGAUGAAUUAAAUUGAUUGACAAAAAAUAAAAUAUCAACAAAAAAUUAAAA